UUGUUAUGUCACCACUAUAAAUUUAUUGCAGAACAUUAAAUUGGUGAAAAAUAAAUAAUUAACAAUCGACAACAUAUAUCUAUCCAUACUUAUUAUAAGAGUGACCUAAAAUGGCUUUGAGGGCAGUGCAAAUAAAUAGCCUAAAAUGGGGCAGUGUACUCGCCAGGGCUCAACACACAAUGUCGGCUUUUGAAUUGCAACACAAAACCCCUCUUAUUAAAAAGCAAGCGCCUAUUCCUGUUGCAAUGUAUGGAGGCAGGAAUGCAGUUACCAUGUUGCCAGGCGGUGGUAUCGGCCCGGAACUAAUGGAAUAUGUCCGAGAGGUAUUCAAGUAUGCUGGUGCGCCAGUGGACUUUGAAGUUAUUGAUAUAGAUCCUAUGGAGGAGAGUAGUGGCGCUUUCGAAUAUGCUAUCACUUCUAUCAAAAGAAAUGGGGUAGCUAUCAAGGGAAAUAUUGAAACAAAAAGUGAAACUGCAGGAUCAACAUCAAGAAACGUAGCGCUAAGGAAUGAAUUGGAUUUGUUCAUCAACAUUUUACAUUGCAAAUCAUUUCCAAAUGUUCCAGCUAGACAAAAAGAUAUCGAUGUUGUGAUUAUUCGUCAAAAUACUGAAGGGGAAUAUGCCAUGUUAGAACACGAGAGUGUGGAUGGUGUGGUUGAAAGCAUGAAGGUCGUUACGGAAACAAAUUCUGAUAGAGUUGCUAGAUACGCAUUUGAAUUUGCUAAAAAUACUGGAAGAAAGAAGAUCACCACUAUUCAUAAAGCAAACAUUAUGAAAUUGUCAGAUGGGCUGUUUCUUGAAACAUCGAAAAAAAUCGCAAAGUUGUACCCAGAAGUUGAACACAACGACAUGAUCAUUGACAAUUGCUGCAUGCAACUUGUGUCAAAGCCUCACCAAUUUGAUGUCAUGAUUAUGACCAAUCUGUAUGGAAGUAUUGUUUCAAAUGUUGUUUGUGGGCUUAUUGGAGGUGCCGGUAUUUUGUCUGGGAGAAAUUAUGGGGAUCAUUACGCUGUUUUUGAGCCUGGAACCCGUAAUACUGGUACUGCAAUAGCAGGAAAAAAUGUCGCUAAUCCCCUCGCUAUGUUAAAUGCUUCUGUUGAUAUGCUAAACCAUCUAGGCCACAAGAGACAUGCUGAUUUGAUCCAGAGAGCAAUAUAUAAAACUGUUUCUGAGGAUCAGAUACUAACUCCUGACUUGGGAGGCUCGGCAAAAAGCACAGAUGUCGUUCAAAGAGUAAUUGAUCACAUCUUACAGGCUGACAUGCGGCCAUGGUAAUUUUUUGUCUGUGGUGAUAGCGAGAUAGGUCUUUACUAAUUCACCAUCUAACACUUUUAUGCCUGGUGAUGUUACUGACUUUUCUUCAGCUGCCUGUUUGCAAUGUGUACCUGUGGCGUGGCUCCUAAAAUAGCACAAUUCCUAUUUGCAUUUUGGAAUAACAUCCUAACAAAAUAAUCAUACUUUUCAGUAUUAUUGAUCGAAGUAUUUAUUGUUUAUUUAUUAUUUUCCUUUUUUUUUGCAGAAAAACUGACUAGAAUUUCAUUCUUCUCUCUACGUUAAUUGGUCACCUAUAUUCAGUGUAAUAUUAUUUAUCAUGUGUAUGUAUUAUGUUUUAUUAUGUUAAGCUUUGGAAGUAUGAAAAGCUCUAUUGUUGAAUAAAUUAUUUUUGUCUUUUAUGUUUUAA